UUGAACGAGACUAUGUGUGGGGCGUGAAAGUACAACGUCCGGAAAGCACAGACCUGUCUGCUAUUUACUGUCUGACUUUACGUUUACACGUUUAAAGUUGAACCAAUCUGAUCCUCAUUAUGGCUGAAGGCGGACCCUGUCCGGAACUAGACUUACACUUACUAGAGUGUCCAAUCUGUCUUGAGCGACUUCGACAACCCAAGUCCUUACCAUGUCUCCAUUGCUUCUGUCAGGAGUGCCUGGGGACCUACAUCACCAAGGAGUUGUCUGGUAAGAUGGCUUCGGCGACGUCUUUUCCGUGUCCAGUUUGUAGAGGGAUGGCCACGCCUGUCAAUCAAGCGGAAAACAAGGAAAACUGGGCUAAACAGUUUCCAACUAAUGGUGUGAUCCAAGAACUUGUCAAGCUUAAGGAACAGUCGUCUGGACCACUGUACUGCACACCUUGUCAAACAAAAGGAAAUCUGUCCAAUCCUGCCAAGUUCUGGUGCAAGAAAAUGGAAUCUGGUUUUUGUGAGACGUGUAAAGUUGAUCACCAUGAUAUCAUACAUAUUGAAUGUGAUAUUUUAGAUACUAACAGGCACGACAGCAAUAGACCAAAACAGAACCCGGCUGUUCCUCAAUGUGACCAACACGACGAGAAUAUGGUUUGGUACUGUGAAGAUCACAAACUUCUUGGCUGUAACAUAUGCGUUUUAGAAGACCAUAGACGUUGUGAAGCAGUCACAACAGCGACGAAAUACAUUCAGAAGCUAAAAGCAGGAUCGCAACUGACAGAUAUGCAGGCAGCACUACAGAAAGGGGCAGAUGUCAUGAACUCUUUAGUGAAGGACUUUGACGAACAGCUCCAAGUCAUGGUAAAGAACCAAGAAAUCACUCUCCAAAGCAUUACAGAUCUACGCCAAAUGAUCGACAAACGGCUUGACGAGCUUCAGAAGAACUACACUGACAAGUUGAUCACGCUGUUCAAAGACGAAAAGAGGAAAUUAGACGACUCCUUACGGCAAUGUGAACGUCUAAAGAACAGUAUGCUAAAUACCCUGAAGUCGUCCAUUAAAGCUACAGAGGGAAACGAUAACACUGAAACGAUAGUGUUGUAUCAGAGAGGACAGGCAGAAGUUGAGUCGUGUAAGGUCCUGGUCAUGGAGAUGAACGAAUCUUUCACGUCUGUCAAUGUUAAGCAUCAGACCGAACCCGAACUUGCGACCUUUGGUGAUGGCGCUAUGGGGAAUAUCGUCAUUGAGAAACCACCACGACGCUUUCCUGAGAGUCAUGGUUACCUAGCUUCUUCAAUGUCCAGGCGUCGCGUGAGAGAAGUACAACAGUUUGAUAUAAAAACUAUAUCAGAUGAGAAUGAUUGUGAUGCAGUUGGCGUUGUGUACCUUCCGUACAAUCAAGUAGUAGUAAGUGAUUUCAGCAACAAAAAGCUGAAGCUGUUUACAGAUAAAGGACAGUACCUGGAUGAGAUGACCAUGCGAGGAACUCCCUGGGAUAUGUGUUAUGUGAACGACAACACAGUGGCUGUGGCAGUUAGCAGCCCUGGUGGUGUCCAUGUCGUGAAAGUCGAAAACUCAAAAAUAUCACUUUCUUCCGUGAUCUGCAUGCCAGAUGAUAAAGGCGUAAAUGGUAUAACCCAUAUCAACGGAAGAUUUGUCGUUUGUACAAACACAGAAGAAGCAGAAGUGUACAGUGUGACACCGGACGGCACCGCUGAUCUGCUACAUCAGUAUAAGUGUAGGUGUUAUUUCCUGUCACAUGACCCAACAAAUGAAGACAUACUGGUCAGCUGUCACACUAUCACUAAGGGAGAAGCUUUGCUGUCCCGACUGUCGGCUGACAAACGUGACACGGCUGUGAUACAAGAGGGUAUUGUGGGUGCUGCUGCAGGAGUUACCGUUGACAAGGAGUGCAACAUCUACCUUUGUGGUUAUGCUUCAAAAAACGUCGUACAGAUGUCAAGGGACGGGAUGCACGUCAGGAAACUGCUGACGUCAUCUGACGGAAUAAACCUUCCAUUUGCAAUAGCUGUUUGUGGUGACAUGUUUGUACUCACUGCGGAGAAGACUAACUACGUCCGCUUGUUUCAGCUCUAUUAAGUGAGUUAUAACUCGUCUCGUUUAUGUACAAGUCUAUUCCCGUAUCAAUUAUUUUACGAAACUAUUUACGAUGAACCACUCUUUAUAGACCGCUCUACCGCGUCCCUCAAAUCCAGGUCUCCAUCCUCGGAACACCUAUUCUUUCUGCCUCACUGAAAUAUGUCAUGAACAAAUCGAAGGCUCUUUAGUACAAUGUACUCGCUCAACUAAAUCAGCCAUUCAGCAAGUGUGGUUUACGAUUACAAUCCCUACCUAACAUUGGUCAGGUUAAGUACUAGGUUUCUUGAGUAAUUUAAAUGGGUAAUUGUUGAAUUAAAUCUACAGAUAUUUAACUUUAGAAAAGCGUAUAGUUUUAGUAGAUUUUGAUAUGUGACGGCGGAUUUAUAUGGGGUCAAAAGUCAGGUAUACAGAGGAGCGAUACACAACUUCAGAGCCUGAAGAUAAUACCGUUAUAUUUAAGGAAUGCUUUUUAUUUUUUCAACAUUUAUGAGGUCAUAACAAUAAUGGGUGUAUGGACAUAUUGUUAGCGAUUCAUGUUAAAUAUGUCCAAAAACCCAUUAACGGUAUGAUCUUCAGGCUCUGAAGUUGUGUAUCGCUCCUCUGUACUUUUCAAAGAGUAGGUGUCAGCCUAGCGAUUUGUCACACGAAGCCAAUUAAAAAGUUUACCAGGAACAUUCGAUUUUGUUAUGACUUGAUUGUACAUAUAUAGUGUCUAUAAACACUAGACAUUUUGUGUUCCGUAGAAAACCCCAGAA